AAAAAUAAAACCGAGAGACAGACAGCGAGCGCCGGCCAGACACACACCGCCAGAGCCCACCUCCCUGGGAACCUUCAGCCGGGCACCUGCCACCAUGAAAGACCGCACACAAGAACUGAGAAGCGCUAAAGACAGUGACGAUGAUGAAGAGGUCGUCCACGUCGAUCGAGAUCAUUUUAUGGAUGAAUUCUUCGAACAGGUGGAGGAGAUCCGAGGCUGCAUAGAGAAACUGUGUGAAGAUGUGGAACAGGUGAAGAAACAGCACAGCGCUAUCCUAGCAGCUCCAAACCCCGACGAGAAAACCAAACAGGAGUUAGAAGAUCUAACAGCGGACAUCAAAAAGACUGCAAAUAAAGUGCGGUCAAAAUUAAAAGCGAUUGAACAGAGCAUUGAACAGGAAGAAGGGUUAAACAGAUCUUCCGCAGAUCUUCGGAUUCGGAAGACGCAGCACUCCACUCUGUCUCGCAAGUUCGUUGAAGUAAUGACUGAAUACAACACCACACAGUCCAAGUACAGAGACCGCUGCAAGGACCGGAUCCAAAGGCAGCUGGAGAUUACCGGGAGGACAACCACCAAUGAGGAGCUGGAAGAUAUGUUGGAAAGUGGCAAGCUUGCUAUCUUCACUGACGAUAUCAAAAUGGACUCCCAGAUGACACAGCAGGCCCUGAACGAGAUCGAGACCCGACACACCGAGAUCAUCAAGCUGGAGAACAGCAUCCGCGAGCUGCAUGACAUGUUCGUGGACAUGGCCAUGCUGGUGGAGAGCCAGGGGGAGAUGAUUGACAGAAUCGAGUACAACGUGGAUCAGUCGGUGGACUUCGUGGAGCGGGCCGUUUCCGACACCAAGAAAGCUGUGAAAUACCAGAGCAAAGCGAGGAGGAAGAAGCUGAUGAUAAUUGCCUGCUGUGUGAUUCUAGGUGUUGUUCUUGCAUCUAGCAUCGGAGGCACGCUGGGAUUUUAAGAAAAUGCAACAACAAAACAAAACAAAGAAAACAUCCAAAUAAACGAGCGCUCAAAAAAUAAACCGAGAGAGGGCCCGGUGGGAGAGAAAAACACACGACAACGAAAUGAAAAAAGAAUCAUUCAUAAAAACAAAGUAUUUUCCUUUGAAGGCAUUUAAAUCGCUGUUCCCAGAGUGACAACUAAAUUUACACAUGUUUCUUUCUGAUUUCAUUUGCAUUUGCAAGCAGCGGGUUGUGAAAAACUGUGACGAGGGCCUUAGAAUAGAUUAUCAAACUACGUGUCCCAGAAUGCAUAUUUAGUUCUUAAAAAGGUGUUUUACAAAGUGGGGACGUCCUAACAACUUCGUUUUUUCAGGCGUUACUGUCUUUGCGGAAUAUUUUCUCAAAAAAUAACACCUGCCCACGCACGCACACACGCACGCACGCACACACGCACACACGCACGCACGCACGCACGCACGCACAUAUAUAAGCUGGUUCUGUUUUACCGAAUUCGUCAUGCGACAACUCCACACCUGACCUAUCAGAGAACAGCUUCGUGUCAUGUGGUUUGAAAUCAAGCCCAGUUUUACCUUCGCUCAAAAUGGCAGAGAAGGUCAGCCACGCAGAGUCUAAUUUCCCAUCUUUGUAAAAAAAAAAAAAAACACACCGCAGCCAAAAGCCCCUGUUUCUAAUGAGCCAGGCUUGCCUGGUUUGUAUAAUUCCAUUAAAUACAUAUCGCCAAAUAGAUCGCCAUUAUCGUCAGGCCAAGAAGAAGAAGAAGAAGAAGAAGAAGAAGAAGAAGAACAGCGCUUUCUCUUCUCCAUCAGCCAUUUUCUAUUGCACUUGUUACUUUACAAUCACACUUUCUGAAGAAGCCUGUGGCCGAUUCUGGUUUAGUCCUGAAAUAAAACGCAGCUGGCUUUACAAGACCGAACAAAGCCAGAAGCUUUGGAGAUGUGAAUAGAACACAGCAAUGGCUGUUAACUCACACCUAAUCGAAUGAUGUGAUAUGUUAACAAGGGAACAUUAUUCAGCAGCUUUCACUGGACUCUAUGAAGCUGAGGGAGUUCAUUCUAUAUAGAGG